GAUGAAAUGGCAAUUCUCGAUAAAAAUCCAUCACAAUUGUCUUUUUAUGGCCGUGUGCAUGCUCAAACUUCGUCAUGAUAAUCUACCAAUAAAUCUCUAUCUGUAGACAUACUUUUCAUCAUCCCAAAUGUCCAUUUCAUCGAGACCCGCGUCUUUUUCUUAUCUCAACACCCCUGGACAGCUAUGACGGCUACCGCGUCGCUCGAGUCUGCGCCUUCACACGACACCGCAAAUCCCUCCGAUUUAAACGAAACAAACGAUCAAACAUCAGAACAACAGAAUCCAAAUAUUCCCGACCCAUCCUUAGAUACAACAUCUCAACAUCAAAUUAAACCCGAGACGGAUAAUUCUACUCUACCCCAAUUGUUCUCAACCAAGUCCAACACCAAUGGAAACGACGCGGAAGACUCUAUUAUUGAAUCCCCCGUAAAAGAUGGCGGUGGCGAUAUUGACGACAGACCUACCAAACGACGCCGUGUCCGCGAUUCGACACCCAAUAGCGCAUCUCGUAAACCCAAACUAGAAUCCCCUCCUUGGAAGAGAAUAGAGGCCGAAGGGCCCACAUCUUUUACUGAAAAUGGCAAACGCAGAUCCGGACGCACAAAUCAGGUGCCUUUGGAGUUGCAGCCUCUGGGCAAUCGGAGAGUCACCAGAGGCGCUCUCCAUAAUCUUCAACCCCAUACUCCCGCCAAAGACAAACGAUCUGCAUCUAACAGUCACGUAAAUGGAUCACAAAAGCACGCGUCGACGGGGAAGGGAACUGCCUCAAAAACUUCCACACCCAUUGCCAAGCCGAAUACGCGGAAAUCUUUAGCUGCCGUCACUGUCAACGGCUCUGCUCAAGCCUCUAAAUCUUCGAAAACUCGACGACGUUCAGCUACUCCGCCAGCCCAGAUAACCCCGCCUAGACGCUCUACAAGGAUUAGACGUAAUUCCGGAUCCCUUCGAGAUACUGUCGAUACUCCCUCUCGCGACUCCAAACAUCCUACCAAUGAUAGUCCCAACCUACGUCCGACUAAGAUUCGGUUACGGCUAAAGGCCCCUACUAUCCCUACCGUCCAUCCAGCCCAAGUCAAUGUAUUCCCUGGCCAGACCGUCGCACGUGCCAAGAUAUCGUCUAAUUUCCAAGACUUUGUUGAACGUGCGCCAACAGUAGACGUCAAAGAUGGCGGUUGGCUUGAUAUCGCCGAUGAGGGAGACCCAUAUACGGAAGAGGCCGCUGCUAGAGAUGCCAGUGUUAUUAUGCGAAUCGAGGCCGAAGUCGAACCUGGUGGACUGCUAAGCGAGGAACGUUCUACACUAUUUGUUCCAGAACCCGCCGAGGAGCCACCGCGACAAUGGGCGCACAUGGAUCACCUGGUGAAGCAGAUGGCGAAUUUCCGGAGGUUAAUGUUGAUGGAACACCAAAGACACAAGACUACCGCGAAACGAUUGGCUGAAGCAUGCCGGGACGAAUGGAUACGCCGACAACCAAAGACCGCCGAGCAAAUCGAAGCCGAGGCCAGAGCUGCAUGGAUAAGUCGGUAUAAAUCUGUUAUCAAGGCCAUUGGCGGAACAUGGGAGAAUGUCAGAACCGAGGUUAAUCGUCGUCGUCUAGAGGAAUGGGAGGCUGCCGAACAAAAGCGUGUAAAGGCUGCAUUGAACGAGGCCGUUAAUAUGUCCGAGUUAAAGUUGCAAGCCCGCAGAGCUCACUUCGAUUCGGAGCUUGUCUCGGAUGAGGAUGAAGAGUCGGGCGAGUCUGAUGAAGAGGCUGAUGACGAAGAUGAAGACUUGGCUUCUCUCGAAGAAGUCUCUUCGGACCAAGGCUCCGACGAAGACGAGAACGAGGAUAACAUGUCUUCAUCUGAUGAUGACGACGAUGCAAAGUCGGACGUUUCAGACGAAGCCCUUACGCAAGAACAGUUAAGGAAGAAAUAUGCGAACAUUCCAGAUCUCUCUGUAGGUCGACCGGCAACUAGUCUCAACGGUGACCAACCUGCAACAGAACUGGAUGAUCAAGGCGAAACUACCGAUGAAUCAAUCGACAUGGACGACGAUUUAGGGUCAAGUGACGAAAACAUGGAAAGUGACGACGAGGAUGAUGGCCAAUCUGAGGAUCAGGACGAAAAUUCCGAAGACGAAGAGGAGCCUUCGGGAUUACUGGGCCUCUUCUUUGGUAAAUCUGAGCUGAAGAAAAUGAAGCAAGAGACAGCGGCCGACGAACCGUUGUCACCUCAAUGCGAUGUUGAGAUGAUAGACAUCCCGGAUACUACAUCUGCUGACGGAGCGCCUCUCCUCAAUGAGACGACAAUUGAGACGGAUGUUGAAGAUAGCGCAGUGGCAAAGGCAACAGAUUUACAAGAUAAACCUCCAUCUCCAACAAUGAAUGGAGAUAAAGGUCUUUCCCUAUCGUCCACAUUUAAUCAAGAUCGUGCGCCCACACAUCCAUCUGGCACCAUAUCCGCAACGGCUGCACCGAAGAACCCUCAUGAGGCUAAUAACCCUGAUGGUCCCGCUCCAGUACCAGAACCCCUGCAGGCUCAAGAUGUUGAAAUGGAAAUCAUUGAAGCCGUUGAGCAUGUUAAAGAUGUCAAAGCGAACGCGUCGAUCAGUGGAGCUGAGAAAACAGCUACAGCAAUGCCAAGCGUGGAGGUUGCAAUUGCGCCAACAGACCAGCCUCAGACAAGCCCAGAUACGGAAGCGAUCACAAACCCUCCUAGUCGUGAUAGGAGCCACACACCCCGAACAUCCGAUACUAAGCCCUCGGAGGUGGACACCACCUCUGUAGUUAAAUCUGGCGCGAGCAGGUCUAGUUCACCUCAAUACCAAGUGCCUAGGACUGAAGUUCCCUUUUUACUACGAGGAACGUUACGUGAAUAUCAACACUAUGGCUUGGAUUGGCUUGCUGGUUUAUACAGAAAUCAGACGAAUGGUAUCCUUGCGGAUGAGAUGGGUCUUGGCAAGACCAUUCAAACAAUUGCCCUAUUGGCUCAUCUUGCCUGCCAUCACGAAGUGUGGGGACCCCAUCUGGUCAUCGUCCCAACCAGCGUAAUGCUGAAUUGGGAAAUGGAGUUCAAGAAGUGGUGUCCUGGAUUCAAGGUAUUAUCGUACUAUGGGAGUAUCGAUGAACGAAAACGAAAACGUCAAGGAUGGAAGACGAAUGAUAUGUGGAACGUGUGUAUUACAUCGUACCAGAUCGUCUUGCAAGAUCAACAGGUUUUCAAGCGUAGACAAUGGCAUUAUAUGAUUCUGGAUGAAGCCCAUAACAUUAAAAAUUUCAAGUCGAAACGAUGGCAAACGUUACUCACCUUCAACACGCGAGCGCGACUAUUGCUCACUGGCACGCCCUUACAGAACAAUUUGACCGAAUUAUGGUCUCUACUAUUCUUCUUAAUGCCAUCUGAAAAUGGGGUUGGCGGAUUUGCCGACCUGGCAGAAUUCCAGGAUUGGUUUCACAAACCUGAGUCCCAAAUCUUGGAGAGCGGCCGAGAACAGAUGGACGAUGAGGCUCGUGCAAUCAUAGCCAAAUUACAUAAGGUCCUUAGGCCAUAUCUCCUGCGGCGACUAAAAGCAGACGUCGAAAAGCAAAUGCCGGCCAAGUACGAGCACGUCGAAUUUUGUCGACUGUCGCGCCGACAACGUGAGUUAUACGAUGGAUUUUUAGCGCGUACAGAUACUAGAGAAGCGCUAUCCUCCGGCAAUUAUAUAUCGGUAAUCAAUUGCCUGAUGCAGUUGCGCAAGGUCUGCAAUCAUCCCGACCUUUUCGUUGAACGCCCAAUCAUGACAUCCUUUCGACAACGCAGAUCCGUCCUGUCUAACUAUAUUGCAACCGAGGGUAUAAUUCGGGGCAAGUUGCUUGCUGCAAAACCUAUGAGUUCUGUCAGCUUUGACUUCCUUAACUUCAUCCCUACACUACACGAGAAUCAGUCGAAAACGGUGUGCGAACGAGUUUCUCAAUUGAACGCCCAUCGUCAACUAAUUGACCGCCGGACAGCUCAGGAAAUAAGAGCACAAAACGCCCGCGUCCACCUAGACCUUUCAACCGUGGAGUCCGUUCUAGUAUGGUUAGAAAGUGCGAAACGAUGGGAUCGUUUUGAGGAGUUGCGACAUUGUGUCUACGUCAAUGCAAUAAGAAGGCAACAGCGCCCAAUUUACGGCAAACAACUCACGGACUUCCUGACUCUCGGUACAAACGAUAGGCCACAUAAAGCUCGUCCAAAGGUUCCGCAGAAGAUCAUGAGUUGGUUUGAAGAAGAUUCCCCGGUGCUACGGUCAAUGAUCCCAACUCUCGAUCAACGGGCUGCGUCGAUGAAGACUGCAAUCGCUAAGUUCGCAUGCGUCACACCGGCGGUUGUCACUCGGGAUUUUGACCAGAUCGUCCUUGGCACGAAAGGGGUGGAAGCUUUUGACGAGACAAAUCUAAGGUUGGCGGCUCCAAUACGGUAUGCCCCAUUCAUGCAGAAAGAAGCUCCACUCGACCCGUGGCAUGAAGCUCGCAUGAGACUUAGUAUUCAAUUCCCGGAUAAGAGACUUCUUCAAUAUGACUGUGGUAAACUUCAGGCUCUCGACCGUCUCUUACGAAAGCUGCAAUCUGGUGGUCAUCGUGCCUUAAUUUUCACACAGAUGACCAAAGUGCUUGACAUUCUCGAACAGUUUCUCAACAUUCACGGACAUAAAUAUCUACGGCUCGACGGUGCUACGAAAGUAGAACAACGGCAAAUCCUCACAGACCGCUUCAAUCACGACGAUAGGAUUUUAUGCUUCAUUUUGUCUACGCGAUCGGGUGGUCUUGGUAUCAACCUUACUGGUGCCGAUACUGUCAUCUUCUAUGACCAAGACUGGAACCCUGCGAUGGACAAGCAAUGCCAAGAUAGAUGUCAUCGCAUUGGUCAAACAAGAGACGUCCACAUCUACCGACUCGUUAGCGAACACACUAUCGAGGCAAAUAUCCUGCGCAAAGCAAGUCAAAAGCAAAUGCUAGACGACGUCGUGAUCCAGGAAGGUGGUUUCACAACCGACUACUUCAACAAGCUCUCUGUGCGUGACGUUAUUGGCGCCACUCAAGAUGAAGCUGAUGUAGUCGGCAAUGCGAUGGAUCGUGUUCUCGGUGGCGUGGAGAAUAGCGACCAGCGAGCCGUCGGCCGAGUCCUCGAGCAGGCUGAAGAUCGUGAAGACGUCGACGCCGCACAUGUUGCGGAAAGAGAAAUCCAAGAGGAUGAAGCCGACUUUGCUGAGAAACCGGCGACAGCGAGUGCGUCUGGAACAUCUAGUGCAAGAGUAGGCACACCCGUAACGCGGGACGGUUCACUCGCACCAGGCAUAGGAAGAUCAAAUCUCGGACUAUUCUCUGAGUCGGCAGAUGUGGAUCAUGCGCUGGAGGAGAUCGAGCACAAUGCUUGGGGCGACAAGAUACAGACUAUCGACGACUACAUGCUCACUAUGAUGCACAAGCAGCUCGAGGGCACGGCGUUGGAAUUACCUAAGGACAAGAAGAAGAGCAAGACGAAAGGAAAGGACACGCGAAAGCGCUAGUAAUGUACGCAUGGCCUUC